AUUCUCUUUCCUCUCUCUCGCAGUCUCGCCUCGCCCAACCCAGUCCCUCGCGCGCGCUCUCUCUCCUGCAAGGACCGCCAGGGAAGGAUAUUACACAAUGUCACUUGCUGUACCUGUGACACUAAAGACUACUCAGAGCGGUGAGAAUGAAAGACUUGAAUACGCCGUGUCAGCUAUGCAAGGAUACCGUUUAAAUAUGGAGGAUGCUCAUGCAAUUGUCCUGAAUCUUGAUGCUGCAACUGGCACAUCAUUCUUUGGUGUUUAUGAUGGCCAUGGAGGACCUGCUGUUUCAAAGUAUUGUGCGAGACACCUACACGCUGAGCUUCGCCGACAUGAAAGUUUUCGGGAUAAUCUCCAGACUGCAAUUGAGAGAACGUUCUUAAGGAUGGAUGAGAUGAUGAGAGACAGGAGGGCAGGGAGGGAAUUAUCUGGGUACGGUGGUAAUGACAAUUGGAAAGCAUAUAGAAAGGCUAUCAACAUGAGUCUAUUUCUACCCUUCUGUCAGAAGCCAGCUUAUCAGGGGCCAGUAAUGGAUGGAUGUACCGCGUGUGUGGUUCUCAUUAGAGACAACCGAAUCAUUGUGGGAAAUGCUGGUGAUUCUCGUUGUGUACUCUCAAGGAAUAAUCAGGCGAUUGAUCUAUCCACCGAUUUUAAACCAAACCUUCCAGACGAAAGACAAAGAAUAGAAGCUGCAGGACAUGUGGUAACUUUUAGCGAGAGAGGAAAUGUGCAUCGUAUUGAUGAUGGAAUUGCGGUUUCGAGAUCACUUGGUGACCUAAUGUACAAGGAUAAUAAUGAUUUAGGUCCCGUACAACAAGCAAUUACUGCCUUUCCUGAAGUUCGCACUGAAGAGAUAACUCAAGAUGACCAGUUUCUUAUUAUAGCAUGUGAUGGAAUCUGGGAUUGCCUAACAAGCCAGCAAGCAGUUGAUUUUAUAAGGAUAUACUCAUUUGCUGACGUAGGGCUGGCGUCCAUCUGCGAGGCCCUCCUUGCUCACUGCGUGGCACAACCUAGAGGGAGGGACAACAUGACUGUCAUACUGGUUCGGUUCAAGACGCCAGGCGCUUGCCAAGUUAGGGCCAGCAACGUACCGCCACCGCCGAUCCGCCAAGAUGCUGCUGCGAGCCAAGCUGCUGGGAGCCAAGCUGCUGCUGCGAGCCAAGCCGCUGGGAGCCAAGCUGCUGCCGGCCACUAGAACUUCCGCACCGCCCACCCCCAGCUGGGUUUAUGAUGGCAAUGUUCACCCUCGCCCCACACGCGGACCCAAGACCAGAAGCCCCCAGAGCUCCAAGAGCCUCAGAGCUUUGAGUUCGUUUUUUGUCAGGAAAAGAUGAGGUUGCUUACCCUGGUUCUUUCACGUGGUGUGCAUCUUAUCCCCCCGUAGACUUUGGGUUCAUUUUACCAGGACAAGAUAAACUUGAUUUUGUUUUGCGUAGGAUGAUUUCCUGUGAGAAGAGUAGCUUGUCGUUCUAGGCACUGACGAUGGAGUUUUUUUUUCCCCUGUGAGUCAUAUGUUUGGAUUACCACAUCAAUAUUCUUGUUUUCCGCGGUUUGGAGGAUACGUAUUUGCUCUGCCUUAACAUCGAAUGCUUCACAUACAUCAGAUUGCAAUACCUUACAAUGUGCUUGUCAUUGCAUAUUUGUUUCAA